AAGUGGAGCCCAUCACCCAUGUGCCUUCUUCCCUGUCUCCACCAGCUCCUGCCGCUCAAUCAUUAGACUUCUGUUCCCUCUUUCUCUAUCACUCACUCACUCACUCAACUCAACUCUCAAACCCAACCAACCCCUUCCGAACGAACAAACUUUAAUUCUUUCAUCAACUUCAUACCCUCAAAACUACUAAAUAAACCCCCCUCUUCUCUAUUCCAUCAAAAUUACUAAAACUAUGUCUAACCCCGACGGAACAACUACUACAACAACCACCACGAACGGUUCAAUCAUUGACCCAAACCGUCAACAAUUAGCCGUCAAAAAACCGCCGGCAAAAGACCGUCACAGUAAAGUCGACGGCCGUGGACGCCGUAUUCGUAUGCCAAUCAUAUGCGCCGCACGUGUCUUCCAGCUCACACGCGAAUUAGGUCACAAAUCCGACGGUCAAACCAUCGAAUGGCUCCUCCGUCAAGCUGAACCCUCCAUCAUCGCCGCCACCGGUACCGGCACAACUCCGGCGAGUUUCUCUUCUCUCUCUGUUUCACUUCGUGGCUCCAGCAACUCUCUCCCUUCUCCUUCCUCCACUUCACUUGACCACAAACCUCUUCUCUCUCCUACGCCGUUCAUUCUUGGAAAACGUAUUCGCACUGAUGAUGAUUCUUCUUCUUCCUCUGCUAAAGAUGAUGCUCUUUCUGUUGGUUCUCUUUCUACACCGGCGGCUCUUUGGGCUUUACCUGCGCGGCCUGAUUUUGGUCAAAUUUGGAGCUUUGCUGCUGCCGCCGCCGGUGCUCCUCCGCCGGAAAUGAUGGUUCAGUCUUUGUCUCAGCAGCAACAUCAGGUUCAAGCUAAUUUCUUCGCUCAUCAUCAUCAACAACAACAGCAUCAACAAGCUAUGGGUGAAGCUUCAGCUGCUAGAGUUGGGAAUUAUCUUCCUGGUCAUCUCAAUUUGCUUGCUUCGUUGUCUGGUGGACAUGGAAAUUCUGGUCGGAGAGAUGAUGAACAUCAUUGAUUGUGUUUGUUUGUGAGUUAGUUUUUUUUGUGGUUGGGUCGCAGUGAAGAUGGUGUUUUCUUGGUAUAUAGUAUAAUUAUUCUGUGUUAUGUUUUCAUGUGUGUGAAAAGUAGAACAUUUUAGGGUUUAGGUUUUUUUUGUUCCUUUGAUUUUGAAUGGAGAAGUCCAUUGAUCAAAGGAAUUCAAUUAGGGAUUUUACUUCCUUCUGGGUUGGAAGAUUGAUUCAUUAGGCUUCUUAUUAUUUUAGAUGUUCAAAUUUGUUUUAAUUAGAUUAUGGGGUUUUGCAGAAGGAGAGAAAAAAGUAUGAUAUUUAUUUAUGUGAUAGUCCUGAUAAAUUGGAUUGAGGCUGGAAUAGGUUUUCAGAACCUUGAUCAUUAUGUAACAAGUGCAGUGGAAAUUCGUUUUGAUUGUUGUUGAGUUGAAAGCUCUCCAAGUUUGGAUGGUGAUGGAAUGAUGAAUUAAUUGCUUCUGUUUCACUUUCUUAGUGGGGUUUUGAGUUGUACUGAUAAGUUACUGUUGCAGAGUGAUUAAGUGCUUGAAAGCUUGUUGUUUCUGAGUUAAGAGAGUCAAUUCAAUUGUUGUGUAUCUCAAGUUCCAUUGUCAUUCCCAAUUUGUUGGAUUGGACUGGAGUACCCUAUUUUUCAAACAUUGUACUUAUAUCUUGGUCUUGGCUGCAUUGUUUGAGAUUAAGAGAAAUUGGGGUCCAUUUAAACUGGCAAAUGCAUGUUUUGAUUUUGACACAGCUGCUGUUGGUGAAUGGUGACUGGUGAGUCAUGAUCUGUUUCUUUCUCCAUUUUCAACUUUCAUGCUCCUUGUUGGGUUAUUAUUAGAUGUUGCUUUGGAGGUGAUUGGUGUGUCAAAGAUAAAUGUUCAAGUUAUGACCUUUGUUUUUAGAAUUUUAUUUAUCUUCAAUUCUUGGUCAUUUCAUAGAUUGAUCAGCGUGAGAAUAAUGUUUUCUUGCAUUGCAUGUAAGUGGAUUGUUUUGGGGUGCCAGUGAUGUGAAUAAAAACCCAUCUGUUUCUUUCUUUAUUUUAUCUCAUGUUAUAUCA